AAAUUUAUUAAUUAAAAUGGUGACUGAUAAAUCGAGCGUUACAGAGGAGCGUGACGAGGAAUAUUGGGAAUUUCGAAAAACUGAAAUUGCUGCAGAAAUGAUGACUCGACUGAAUAAUAUUGCGAAUAAUCAAGACCCUUUAUUUAAAUAUUGCAGUGAUUGGUUAAUAGCGAGAAGCCGACGCUUGUUUAAAAUUGGACGUCAACGUGUUGAGUCAGAAGAGUGUGAACCUUCAUGCUCAUCUUCAUACGUCCGUAUUCCGAUUAGUGCUGAGAAAGAGUCUGACCAUCGCUGUCUCUACGAUGCGAUUAAUGAUUGGAAGGCUAAAUUUGAAGAAGAACGAAAACAGGGAUCGCAAAUGAAAGAAUGUGCAAAGGAAAAUAAUGCCUAG